UUCAUUUUCAAGAAGUUGAGCUCGAUUCAGGCCUGUUGGGCACUCCUUUGGCCAAUUCAGCAUCACCCCGGGGCCCCAGAGGGGGAUUUACGGCUGAAGCUUCCCUUCCUGAAGGGGUGGUGGUCAGGGAUCUUUCUUGGUGCAUUGAGCGGUGAUUGGAGGAGGCAGGUUGAGGGGUAGAGGUGCCGGGGAGGUGCCUGGCGGCCAGGUUGCCAGCUGUGCUGCUCCCUGUAAUCCUUCAGUGGGGUCAUGCGUCCAGGUUGGUCUGCCAUCCAGGGUUUCGGAGAACAUUGUUUGCCAUCCAAUGCUUCUGGUGGCCCGCACUGGCUGCGGAUGUCAGAAAGUUUGUGUUGGCCUGCCCCAUCUGUGCCCAAUGUAAGCCAUUGAAUCUUUUCCUGUCCCUUCUGGCCAAUGGUCUUACAUCGCCCUUGAUUUUGUCUCUGGCCUCUCCCCACCAAAGCUAAAACUGUAAUUCUCACUGUGGUGGAUCGCUUUUCUAAGGCAGUUAAUUUCAUUCCCCUGCCCAAACUGCCCUCCACCCGGAGGGAGUCCACCCAACUGAGCGACGUGGUUUCAGAUAGGGUUCCUCAGUUUGCCUCCCGGUUUCGGAAAGAGUUUUGUAGACAAGUCGGGGCCUCUGCGAGUAUCCAUCCUUAGACCAAUGGACAAUAUGAGCGGGCCAACCAGGAUCUUGAAAGAAUGCUCCACUGUCUGACAUCCAACAAUCCGAGUUCCUGAUGGAAUGUGCUCAUAACUCCCUUCCAGUGGCAGCUUUAGGUAUGUCUCCCUUUGAGUGCUCUGUGGGUUAUAAACUGCCUCUGUUUCCAUCACAGGAACCCGAAGCUGCGGUUCAAUCUGCCCUGGCUUUCGUUUAGCACUGCUGCCACACCUGGGAGAAAGUCAGGAGGGUGUUUGGUCCAUACCUCAGGACAAACCAAAGUAGUAACCGAUCAUAAUAAUCAAGGAAUUUUGCUAACUUCCAACAGUAGCCAAUUUUUAGGCGCUGUGUAAUAUCAUUGUGCCUGCUGCACCUGUGGUACGGCAGUAAAGUUCCGUAGCCACAUCAGGCUAGAAAAUCAAAAAUUUUCAUUUUCCGUCGGUCUUAGUACACGAUGUAGCUACAGAAGAGUCAAGUUUUGAAUAGGAAAAAUAUUGAAAUUCUUUGGUCAUUAUUAAGCGAGAUGCUGACGGUCUAAUCAGAGUUAAUGACCUAUGCUAAAGUAGCUAAAGUGCUACCACCUACUCAGAAAAUGGUAAAACACAACUGUUUAACUCUGAGGGAGUUUUCAAAAAUAGUGGAGUGUUCCCGAUUCACACUUAACAUGGUUCCAUGGAUAACAAAAAGUUUUUUUGGUGUAAAUUGCAGUAAACUGGUGUGUUUGACUUUGAUUGGGCAUGCACACUGUUUUUUUUUUUUUUUUUUUUUUUUUUUUUUUUUUUUAUUGCAUGUCAAAAGUCUUUAAAAUCACUUAAUGAGUCUCAGCUUUCCUUUUCCAUCCAUCAUCUGAGCAUUUUUAAAUGUAUCAUGUUUUAUUUAAACAUGAUCUAGACAGAAGUAUUUGACCCUUGCAAGGUGUUUCCCACGUGAACACCACAUUUUGAAUAUGCCAACCAAAACAAUGACAUAUGAUAUAAAGAUGACACAUAUGCACCAUAGUGUAUAAGCUUUAGAAGGUUAAUAUAAAUUAUUAACAACAAUGAAAAACCUAAGCGUGACAUAGCAUUGGAGAAAUAUAUUAAAUCAAUCAUUUAUUCAUUUGGAUGAAAAAAGCACACACCUCCCUGUUGCCAUGCACUGUGAAUGUGUGUGUCUGUGUCUGUAUGUACCCACAUCUUUCAUUUAAAAUCUUGAGCAAACACACAAAGAGCAGGCGGAGGCUGUAUCUGCUGACGUACAGCCAGUGGCUGUGAGCGAGAAUCCGUUUGCUCCGAGCCUCUGAAUCACACAGCAUCUCUACAGAAGCAUCUCCAACAAACAGAAGAGCAGCAGAGGAUUUUUGAAAACAAACAAUUGUAGAACUGCAACAUUUGUUAACUACACCUUCAGCUUUCAGAUUCCUCUAUUUUUAUUUAUUCCAUUAUAUGAAUCUUUUUUUUUCUUUUUUUUUUUUUACUCUAUAAUUUUUCAGCUUUAUUUUAUUUUUUUGUUUCCUCCGUAAUUUCCAUCCCUCAUCUGCUAUAUGUUCUUCCCCAUAUAUUUAUCUUAAAAAAGUCCUGAUGAACGACUCAUACCUGCAGUUUCUUGAAAGGCAGAAACCUGCAAACAGCACGUCUUUGCCUCCUAAUGGCAGCACCGUUGAUCCUCCAGCAGGGGCACUGUGCGAGCAGGUUCAGAUCCAGGCAGAGGUUUUUCUCACCUUGGGUAUUGUGAGUCUUCUGGAGAACAUCCUUGUCAUCUUGGCCGUGGUCAAGAACAAGAACCUUCACUCUCCGAUGUAUUUUUUCCUGUGCAGCCUGGCUGCCGCGGACAUGUUGGUGAGUGUUUCGAACUCUUUGGAGACCAUUGUCAUUGCCAUACUAAGCAGUCACCUUUUGGUGGCCAGUGACCAUUUUGUGCGUUUGAUGGACAAUGUGUUUGAUUCAAUGAUCUGUAUUUCUCUCGUGGCAUCAAUCUGCAACCUCUUGGCGAUUGCCAUCGACCGCUACGUCACAAUUUUCUACGCCUUACGCUACCACAGCAUAGUUACCGUACGCAGAGCGCUGGUGGCCAUCGCUGCGAUCUGGUUGGUGUGUGUGGUUUGUGGGAUCGUCUUCAUAGUGUACUCCGAGAGCAAGACCGUGAUUGUUUGUCUGAUCACAAUGUUCUUUGCCAUGCUGGUGCUCAUGGCCACUCUCUACGUACACAUGUUUCUUCUCGCCAGACUUCACGUCCAGAGAAUCGCAGCAUUACCCCCAGCGGCUGCCGGUAACCCAGCCCCACGUCAACGCAGCUGUAUGAAGGGAGCCGUGACCAUCUCCAUCCUCCUCGGUGUGUUUGUGUGCUGCUGGGCACCAUUUUUCCUCCACCUCAUUCUGCUGGUGUCCUGUCCACACCAUCCGCUCUGCCUCUGCUACAUGUCUCACUUCACCACGUACCUGGUCCUCAUUAUGUGCAACUCUGUGAUUGACCCCCUCAUCUACGCCUGCCGCAGUCUGGAAAUGAGGAAGACCUUUAAGGAGAUACUGUGCUGUUUUGGCUGUCAGCCUCCACUUUAGACAGAUUUGAAAGGAGACUGAAUGUACAAAGAAAAAGUUUAUCUUGAUGUAAGAUGCCAAAGCAUGGUGGUCAUAAUGAGGUUACAUAUCAAGAGAUAAGACAAAUGCAGACCGUAGCACUCAA